CAUGAUGGCUCUUUCCAGGCCAUAGAGAUGUAGUAGGAAUAUGUCUAUUCAGUAACGGUCACAUAAAUUGCCUCAGCCGGCGCGCGUCAGUGAUUCAUUCGAGGUCCUUCUUUUCAAUUGUGUCUUUCUUCAGUUUACAUUUUGGAGUGGCGCCAGUCAAUUGUCUCCUGAACAAUCGCAGUGUUUCUUGAUGUGAUUUGAAAAUAAUUUGAUGUUAGAAAUACUGAAAAUAAUUGAAGUUUUUAAGUGAAUUAGUUGACAAAGUUUAUAUAAAAAAAUUGAAGAAUUCUGCUCUCAUCACAUGAGUGUCCUCAUUGUAUACAAGUGAAGUGUAAAUAAUCAAAAACCAUUGAACUGUAGCUAAUUCCUAUGAAUAUAAUAUUUCUUGCAGAUAACACGAGUUAUAUCUAGAUGUUACUCGAUACAACAUAUCAUUUUCAUGUUGUAAGAUUAUUUAUCUAAGAAGGAAGAAUUAUUAUUUCUUUAACAUUACGUGAUGAUUGCGCAGAUUGUUUUGACCUGACGCUUUUGCCCGGCUGCAGGCGCGCACGAGUCAGGACAGUCAAUAGAUACAAUAUAAAAAGAGAUUCUUUUUAUACUAUAAGCAGCAUAUGUGAAAAAGAUUAAUACUGCUAAAGUGUUCAUUUAAUUUAUAAUCAAACGUGUGAGAGACCUUGUUUUUCGGACUGUCUCGAUAAUGAAAUAUACGACGGCGAUAAGAGGAAAGAUAAUAAUAUUGAUGCGGACGUAGUUUACAAUUAGUUUUAGUGAAAUACGAUGUUAUUACUUGUGUCUAUAGACUUAAUAAUAAUAAAAGAAAAUUUGUUAAGUCUCUUCAGUGACUUCACACUCGAGUACUCACAAUGGUGCUAGAAAUGUUCAAAGAGAAAGAGCAGAGUUGAUGAGCCACAGCGUGAGAAGGGAAUAAAAUAAGGAAAGAAUAACAUUUCUCACGCGAGAUAAAAGAUGACUGAUCUAUUGAUCGGCAUUGCCGGAAGUGGCUUUCACGGUGGUAACAAUUCCAACGGAGAUGUUGUUUAUAGAACAAGGAAUUCAGGAAUUUUUCGCAACUCAGAAAUGAGACAUUCCAGAAGUGAGGAUAUUUUAGGAGCUUCAGGAGCUGAUGCACCAACUAGAACACCAAGUUCCUAUCUUCAUGAACAGGCUUGUGCAUCUGAAGAUGACCUAGUUGCCUCUAGUGCCCUGAGGGAUGCUUCGUCAUCGACCAACCUACUUCAAGAUUCGAUUUAUCCUUAUGGAAACAGAAGGUCUGCUGCAUCGCCUCCACCAACGUUCGAUAGAGCUGAUCCUGAAGAUUCUAUUCGAGAUAUUGUGACUGAGAAUGAUCUUUAUAGAUUUGUCCUGUUCAAAAGACAUUAUGACAAAUAUGUGGCUCUAGCUGAGAAAUAUGAAGAAUCAAGAGGGAUAGCAUAUUACCUUGAAGAACGCUACCAUGAGGUCAAGGCUGAAAAAGACAGAUUGGAAGAAACAUGUAAGGAAUUAGAGAGACAACUAGAAAAUCGUGAGACACAAGUAAGAGAAAAGGAGGAAGAAUUGUUUUUACAUUUAGAACGAAGUUUACGGCUUGAUGAUGAGAUUGAAAGACUAAAGGCCGAACGUGACUCUUGUAUCGCUGUUCGAGAACGUCUAGAACGUGAGCAAACUUCUGCACUAAGGCAGUUACAGUUGCAAGCAACGCAGAGCGAAGUAACAAGAAGAAACCUCGAACAAGCGAGGCUUGACAUCGUCAGACAAGCAACAGUCAUUCGAGCUGAACGCGAUGCACUCGAAAGAGAGAAUGUUGUUCUCAAAGAAAAAUUACGGGUAGAACAAGUAGAAUUGGGUGAAGAAAGACGUCGACGAGAGGAAGGAAUUGCAUUACUCACACAUGAAGCUGUUACUCUAAGACAUGCUGCUCGUCAUUUAAGAGCUGCUGCACUUCACGCUACGUCCUGUAAACGGAGAAGAAGGUGUUCAGUUUGUCUUUAUGCCAAACGCACUUUUGCCGAGGUUGAUGACUGCCGUGACGAGUCAGUAAUUUUUUUAAUUAGAAAGAUUUCUUCUUUUAGUGGCAAGCUGUUUAAAUGUCUUCAAACUCCUCUCCAAGACCUGAGAACGUGGUUUCGACCAAAUCCAAUAACAGCGCCACCGCCACACACACAGGAACUGAGGACGAGUUCACCUGUCGCUUCUCGCAUCGGUUACAUUGAUGACUCAUCCAGCAGCUCUGAGGACGAGGAAUUUGGUGAUACUCCCCUAGCUGAGGUCUCUUUGUCUUCAACUAACUCUGGAGCACCACCAGCAUCCCGUGCUUUCUCCUCAGACUCUGGGUAUGUUGUCGAUGCGUUGACGCAACCUGUGACAACACCGAUAACUCCCACAACCACUCCAAUCGAUGCUGAUUUUUCUUCGUGCAGUUUCUCAUCAGAGAUUGGCGACCGCAGAUCCCGCAGAUCAUACGAGGUUGGCGGUAGCAGCCGAAAGAUCAGCGAGUCUAGCAGCGAUGCAGAUGUAAUGGGUCAAAGAGCAAUACCAAGCACUUUCACUCGUUCCAAAUGGACUUCAUCGUUUCGUAAACUACUUGGACGGAAAUCUAAAGCCAAAAUUGCCAACAAUCGACCUUCUGCAUAAGGAUCAAAUUAUUUUAUUUGAAUUAACUAUUAAUUUUUCUAUCUUCUCAGUGUUUCUACACAUUUUUUAUUUCUUAACCUUUACAUUUCUCUAAUCGUAUUUAUUAGAAGUUCUUUCAAUGUUUAAACAUUUAUGCACACUCAAUUUCUCAGGGUCUUGGUACUCGAGAUUAAAUUAACUGCCAGAGUGUGGGAACUUGUUCAUCCCUGGGACCGUAAAAACAAAAGAAGAAUAAUUGUUAUUAAAAAAAUGCAGAUUAUCUUGCCACAUACCUGUAUUGGUAAUUAUUGAACAUAAAGAAUCACAUUUUACAUGAAUUCUUUCAAUUUUAGGUAUUUGGAAAAAUUCAAUAAUUUACAAGACUGUUUAUGAUAGUUAGAGUAAUUAAUCAGUACUUAAAUUGGCAUCGUUUAAACUUUUUAAACAUUGAACUCAACGUACAAUAAAUAACAUGGAUGUUUUAGUGAUAGAUUCAGUGUUUAAAAACGUAAAAAGGUCAGUGAGCUGCGUGAUAAAUAAAACGUAUAUUAAACGGUGCAGUAAUUAAAAAAAUUAAUAGAACAAUAAUUGCGAAAUAAUUAAAUUAUAAUUGAUCAAUUAGUUCGAUUGCAAGAGGAAUUGCUAUUCAAAUGAUGUAUUUUGAAUUUUAUUAGAUUGAAAUUUUAUCAACUUUUUCUGAAAAUUGGCAAUUAUUAUGAGAUGUAAAAUAUUUAAUUACAACUGUUAUUGAUAUUUAAAAACUCUAUUUGUUAAAUACGCAGCUAAACAUUAAUAUUAUGUACAUAUUAUUUAUGUAAAUGUUACUUUUACUCUAAAAAACAUUCCAAAUUUAACUUAUUAUGAGUAAAAGUCUUAUUAUAACAUUAGUUUUUCUUCACAAAAGUGCCAACAAAUUGCACAAAUAACAGGCACAAUUUUUAAUAUCAAAAUAAAUUUUUUUAUUUUCAAUUUUGAAUUAUUUAAAUAUAAUUAUACAUCGGACUAUUACGGAAUUUUAACGAGGAAUUCACACAGUCAAUACUACUCUGCCAUCCUCGAGAUCAGAGGAUGUUUCCAGAGACUUUAUAUAUUGACACGAUUUUUUUAAUAAUACAACGACACAAUGAAAUCUGGAAUUGAACCGAUGAAACCAAUGAAUUGAAAAUAUAAUAUUUAAUGUUGAUGUUAAAACUAUUAACUAUUAUUAUUGAUAUUGUUACUUUAUUAAUUUGUUGUUCUAAUAAUUUUUGAAUUGUGAUAGAAAACAAAUUUAUUACAUUCCAUAAAAAGUAUUUGAGUGAAUAAACUCAGUCAUAUUCCUCACAUUUAAAUUAUUGUUUUUUUUUUAAAUUAUAUUUAUCCUUUGAUGUUAGUACAAAUUCUAUUAACAACGAAAAGUUUUAAUAAAUUGAUGUAAAUAAUUGUAUCAAAGGUUGAUGAAGUUUAUGUCAAAAAUACCAACGACUUAUGAUUAUUUGUUAUAAUUAAUAUGGAAUACGAGAAAAUUUAAUUAUUCGUAAUCCAAGUGAUGUGUAACAUUAAAAUUUAUCGAUGUGCAAUAUAGUAAUGUAAUAAUAAUACAAAAUCUUAGAUCAACAGUUAACAAAACAAUGUGCUCUUGAAGUAAAUUGAUUAGAUUACAAUGAAUCACAUAAAAUUAUUGAUUAUUAUAA